AUGAAGAAGAGUGCUGAUGCUGAGUAUGAUUUCUUGGAUUUCUGGGAAGCGAAUCAAAAGUUCUUUGCUAUGAAGCAAGGAGCAACAGAAAACUUGAUGCAUUUCAAGGAACGAUUCUUGAGACAGGCUGAAGUCCUGCAAGAUCUAUAUGGCGUGGCCUGGUUCCAAAAUUUCGCAGUCAAGACAAAAGCGUAUGCUGCUAUUGCUAGCACCAAUACUAGUGCUCAAAACAAGUUCAAGGAUGAUAUCUUUGAAGCUGUUCUUGCAACAGGAUUUCUAUGCAACAGCGAUCAAACGAGAACAGCUCCUCUGAUGCUGGAUCUUCAGACGAACUAUUGCAGAGAAGUGAAUUAUUAUCGAAAGAUGGUCAGCAAAGCACAAGAUAUGUUGAAGAUUCACAUUGAUGUGAGUAAAAAUCCGGGAGUGAACCUGUAG